GGCCGGGCGGACGGACGGACGCGGGCCGGACGGGCGGAGCCCACGCGGCCGGCGCAGCGGCGGCGGCCAUGUGGGGGUGACAGCGGCGCGCACUCGGAGUCGUGGGGACGCAGCCAGGUGGACGUCAGCCCGGCUGGCGGCGCAGGUGUCGGCGAUGGACGCGCAGGGCUUGGAUUGGCUUCUGGUCCCGCUGCACCAGCUGGUCUCCUGGGGGGCGGCCGCAGCCAUGGUCUUCGGAGGGGUAGUGCCGUACAUCCCGCAGUACAGGGACAUCCGGAGGACCCAGAACGCCGAGGGCUUCUCCACCUACGUGUGUCUGGUGCUGCUGGUGGCCAACAUUUUGCGGAUUCUCUUCUGGUUUGGAAGGCACUUCGAGUCCCCGCUGCUGUGGCAGAGCAUCGUCAUGAUCGUCACCAUGCUGCUGAUGCUGAAGCUGUGCACCGAGGUCCGCGUGAGCAACGAGCUCAAUGUCAAACGCCGCUUCUUUACAGCCACAGAGAACAAGGACGAGGAAACCAAGCCCCGCCCCGGGUGGGCGUAUCCGGACUUCGACCCUCGCCACUUCUGGCACUGGAGCAGCUUUGCGGACUACCUGCAGUGCGUGCUGGCCUUCACGGGCGUCGCCGGCUAUGUCACGUACCUGUCCCUCGACUCGGCGCUGUUCGUGGAGACGCUGGGCUUCCUGGCCGUGCUGACCGAGGCCAUGCUGGGCGUGCCGCAGCUCUACCGCAACCACCGGCACCAGUCCACGGAGGGCAUGAGCAUCAAGAUGGUGCUCAUGUGGACGAGCGGCGACACCUUCAAGACGGCGUACUUCCUGCUGAACGGCGCGCCGCUGCAGUUCUCCGUGUGCGGCCUGCUGCAGGUGCUGGUGGACCUGGCGAUCCUCGCGCAGGUCUACGCCUUCGCCCGCCAGCCCCCGAAGCCCACGCCCCACACGGUGCACCCCGCCAGUGCCAAGGCCCUCUGAGGCAGCCGGCGGAACGAGGACACGUGGCGGCGGGCCGCAGGCACCGGCUGGCCGCCGGGCCUCCCGUGUGCGUGGGCCCCUGGGCCGGCGGGGCCUGGGUGCUGUGGCUGCGUGCGCUCGCUGGAGGGCGGCACGGCGGCGCCACCCCCGCCGGGGACUGCCGUGAUUUCCAGGUGAUGGAAAAGCAGGUCUCGCUCCCACGGGCUCCCACAGAGCACCGGGGACCCUGGGAGACGCCGCACAGCGGGAAACAGCGGGGCAGGCCACGGCAGGAGCGACGGGCCAUCGGGAGGCCCAGCAGGCGGCCUCAGCCGGACGGGACCUGUCCGCCCAGCUGGGCCCUGGGCGCAGAACAGGAGACGGCACCGGGAGAGCUCAGGCCCCGGCAGGCGGGGCCCAUGGCCAGAGCAGCGGGAAGAGACACGCUGCUGGACGGCGUGUACGAGGGGCUCAGGGAGGGACAGGCCGGCACGGGGCCUAGGGCCCCGGGCCUGUAGUCGUGUGGAGGGGAAGCCCCGGCAACGCACCUCCAGGCCUCUGGCUGGGUGGCCUUGCCCGGGCCACCUUCAGUGCUGCUGCCUCACACGACUUGGGACUCGGGCCCUGUCCACGUCCGGCCUGGGCCCGCAGGCCUCGUGGCCACCCUGGCCUCCCCCCGCCGGGGCGAGGGGUUGUGCGCAUGGCUGGGCCAGCCGGGCACUGGCCAGGGCAAGCUCCUGGGCAUUUGAACGAGAGGCUGGAGAGCUCCCAGGUCCUCGAGGGCGUGGCGGGGUGCGGGCGGCCCGCGUGGGCUCCCCAAGGGCCCAGGCUGGGCUCGCAGCACGAGGGGCACCUCCCCGCCCCCGGGAAGUGCAUCCUUCUACUGCACACGGCCCCGGACAUCCAUCUGCCUGGCCGGGGGGACACUGAGUGGCUCCGCACCCCGCACCCCGCACCCCGAGCUCGGGGGCCUGAAGUGACCUUGCAGGGCCGUG